AUGGCGACGGGAUUUUCCCUCGGAGACUGGAGUUGGGCUAACAACGCGCAGUGUCAAGUUCGUCUGCAUGUCAAGGUGCUGCGUGGAGACAUCAGCAUCUUCCUUGAAUGGCGCAAGGGUGACAUGUCUGGGGAACAGAUGAAGAGUAUCGCAAACAUUUUUGAGCAGUUGCUUGCCAAAGUCCUUUCUGUUGAGAACACCGCUAUUAGCCAGCUUAAUUUGUUCUCGGAGAACGACUGGCAACGCAUCCGCAAGUGGAACUCCACUACUCCACAGCUUCAUGAUCGCUGCAUUCACGACGCCAUCCACGAUCAAAUGUUGAGGGGGCCUGAUCGUGAGGCUGUCUGUGCGUGGGAUGGGAGUCUGACAUACGCCGAGUUGGAUCACCAAGGGUCGAAGCUUGCAUGCUAUCUUCGCAUGCAGGGAGUUGGGCCGGAAAUCCGCGUGGCUUUAUGUUUCAAUAAAUCGAAAUGGAACAUUGUUGCAAUGCUUGGCGUGAUGAAAGCCGGGGGAGCUUUCGUCCCGUUGGACCCGACUCACCCAACUUCCCGACUGCAAGCUCUCAUCCAAUCGGUUCAGGCACCGGUUGUGCUGUGCUCUGAGCAUCUUGCCGAUAAACUUCGUCCGAUCGUGAAGACUUUAAUACCCCUCUGUGCUGAUACUCUAGAACCUCUGUCAGACCCCAACAGUGUCAAUCUUGCAUCUGGUGUCACAAGUCAAAAUGCGGCUUAUGUUCUGUUUACCUCUGGAUCAACAGGAGAACCCAAGGGAACAUUGUUGGAGCACCGCGCGUUCCUCUCCGGGGCAAUGGCGCAUGGUCCCGGUCUGCGCAUUUAUCGCAACUCGCGAUGCCUUCAAUUCGCGGCUCACACAUUCGAUGCCAGUUUAGCCGAGACGUUGACGCCGCUCAUUCAUGGUGCAUGCGUGUGCAUUCCGAGCGAGGAAGCUCGGCUCAACGAUAUUGUGAGCGCCAUUAACGACAUGCGAGUCACCCAGGCUUGCUUCACGCCAUCAUUCAUCGGCUUCAUUGAAAUCGAGAGCGUUCCAGGACUGGAGAGUUUGGUCCUGGCCGGGGAGGCAAUGUCGCAAUCACAGCUGACUACCUGGUCCAAAAUCAAACUGGUCAAUGGUUAUGGACCUACCGAGGCCAGCGUGGCAUCCGUACUCAAUUCCAAUGUUACACCUGACACCGAUUGUAAAGAUAUCGGCCUUCCUAUUGGUGUCAGAACUUGGCUUGUGAACCCUGAUAACCACGAUGAACUGGUCCCCGUGGGCUGCCCUGGAGAACUACUUUUGGAAGGCCCACCCCUGGCCCGGUGCUACGUGAAUAACCCACAAAAGACAAACGAAUCGUUCAUCUACGACCCUGCUUGGACUACAUUGGACCCUGAAAGUGGCUCUAACCGUAGAUUCUACAAGACAGGUGACCUCGUCAGGUACAACUCCGACACCGGUGCCCUAAAUUACGUCGGUCGCAAGGACACGCAGGUCAAGGUUCACGGACAACGAAUCGAGCUCGGCGAAAUUGAGAAUCAGCUCAGCAAAGACUCGAACGUCACUCAUUGCUCUGUCUUCUUCCCCAAGACUGGUUUCUCCAAGGGACGCCUGGCGGCAGUUGUGUCGUCCAUCGGCUUGCUUGCGGAACAGUCUGAUUCGGACUUGGAACCUCUACGACUCGUCUCUGCCUCGAAAAAGGCCGAGCUUGUUCCAGGCAUCCGAGAACGACUAUCAGCUCGCCUCCCCACUUAUAUGGUCCCUGCGGUUUGGUUGUGUGUUGAAGCUCUGCCACUUCUGCCAUCAGGGAAACUAGACCGCAAGGGCAUUUCCACUUGGGUCGCCGGUAUGGAGAAUGACCCAGAUCUUCACAACAAUGCCUCUGUUGCAUUCGCCGAUACAGAGGCCUCGCAGCCCGCCAACAACAGAGAGGAAGCUUUAGCUGCUGUAUAUAGCCGUGUCCUCAACAUUCCUCAGAACCAGCUCAAUUUGAAUGAGAGCUUCCUCGCCCUCGGUGGUGAUUCGAUCGCAGCUAUGACAUGUAUCGGUCUCUGUAAGAAGCGAGGGUUUGCCCUCUCUGUACAGGAGCUCCUUCGCAGCAAAUCAAUCCGCGACCUCGCAACUCGCGCAAAGACAAUCGACCACCUUACGACUUACGAAGAAGCCGUUGAUGAACCAUUUAGCCUGUCGCCCAUCCAGACCCUUCACUUCGGUGUACGCAAGGAGGGUCAAGGCCACUUCAAUCAAGGAAUUCUCACUCGGUUGAACAAACCCGUGGAAGAACGAACCCUCCGCAAGGCUGUCGAAACCCUGGUAUCUCGGCACUCCAUGCUCCGUGCACGAUUCACUGACACAGGAUUCGCGACGGCAUCAAACCAACAUAUUACUCGCGAUAUCAAGGGGUCUUACAGAUGGCGCAUGCACACUCUUGGCGACAUGGACGAGGUCAAGACUCAUGUCGCGCACAGCCAAUCCUCUAUCAACUGCUUUUCUGGUCCGCUGCUGGCAGUGGAUUAUUUCUCGGUGAAGGGCCAGCCUAAUGUCCUGUCAAUGACAGCUCACCACUUGGUCGUCGACAUUGUCUCGUGGAGGAUUAUCCUGGAAGAUUUGGAAGACAUCAUUCUAAACCCCGAGACGACAGGAACCAGUGAUGGCUCCUUGCCUUUCCAGACCUGGUGCCGCCUGCAGAAUGAGCACUGCAACACCCUCCGUGCGGAGCGCAAAGUUGCAACGGAUGCUCUCACUGCACCCGAUUUUGGUUACUGGGGCCUCAACGACACUCAAACCACAUAUGGUGAUGUGGAUUGUGCCUCGUUUGAGAUCGACCCAGCCCACACCAAUGCCAUUCUUCUCGAAUGUCACAAAGCUCUGGGCACUGAGCCAAUUGACCUCUUCCUGGCAGCAAUGCUCCACUCAUUUGGCCGCACUUUCCCUGAUCGUUCUCUUCCAACGAUCUACAAUGAAGGCCACGGACGAGAAGUCUGGGACCCGUCCAUUGAUAUCUCGCAUACUGUGGGCUGGUUUACCAUUUUGCACCCAAUCUUCGUGUCUGCAUACGACUCAGACAACCCUAUUGAUACCCUCAUCCAGGUGAAAGAUCUUCGUCGUCGCGUCUCGGAUAAUGGUCGCGCAGAGUUCACCUGCCGAGUUCUGCCAGUCCAGGGCAAUCAAGAGUCCAAGCACCCUCACCCCUUUGAGAUGUCAUUCAACUACGUCGGACAACAUCGAGAUCUACAGAGGAAGGAUGGUCUCUUCCAGCUUGUUGAUCAGAUGGCCGGAGAAGCUGGUCAAGGAGGCGGCGCCGCUGACUUUGGAACGGAUACUCCCCGCUUUGGUCUGUUCGAGAUCUCUGCGAUGGUCGUGGCUGGAAAGGUUCGAUUCAACUUCUCCUUUAACAAGUUCAUGCAGCACCAGAAUCGUAUUUACCGAUGGGUUUCCCAAUGCCAGGAGCUGCUUGUAACUCUAUCGGAACAGCUUCCUACCCUCGAGCCGCGUUUGACUCUCAGUUCAUUCCCCAUGUUAUCGUUGACCUACCCUACCUUGGACAAGUUGCUCAAUGAGAAGUUGCCCGCUCUGGGUAUCGAGUCUCCAGACUUUGUUGAGGAUAUCUACCCUUGUUCUCGCAUGCAGCAGGGUAUCCUCCUCGGUCGCAAGCGCGAUAGCUCCUACUAUGCUGUCCACGACACGUUCGAAAUCCGGGCCACUGGAUCUAGCAAGCCAAACCUGGAUCUCCUGGUCAACGCAUGGCAGAAAGUCGUUUCUCAUCAUGCUAUGUUCCGCACCAUCUUCGUUGAGAACCUCACGCCUCGGGACCCGUUCUGCCAGGUCGCACUGAAAAGUUAUCAUGCUACUCCUGUCUUCUUGCAGUCUUCAGGAGACAAUGAUGUGCUUGCGACUUUUGACAAGGAAGACCCCAAGGAUUACAGCGAGCCUGAACCAGCGUAUCGUUUCACUAUUUGCCAGACACCCACUGGGAGACUGUUUGCCCGCAUUGAGAUCAGUCAUGCUGCGAUGGAUGGUAACUCGAUCUCAAUCAUCCUCCGUGACUUGCAGCUCGCAUACGCUGGCAGACUCGAGGAAAGCCCUCAGCCUUUGUUCAAGAAUUACAUACAGUACCUCCAGGAUGCGCCAAAGGAAGCCAGUAUCCACUACUGGCGCUCGUACUUGGAUCAGGCUAAGCCGUGCCACUUCCCCGCCCUCACUGACGGCCAACAAUCAGCGAAGGCCCUUCGGUCUAUCCCUGUCAACUUCGGAGCCCUCAAGGAACUCCAAACUGUCUGCGAGAAGCGCGGGAUUACCCUGGCGAAUGUCUUCAAUGCUGCGUGGGGCCUCACUCUCCGCGCCUUCUGUGGAUCCGACGAUGUCUCCUUUAGUUAUAUGGCAUCCCUGCGUGAUGUGUCUGCUGAGGGCGUCCAGUGGGUUAUUGGACCAGUCAUCAACCUUCUAGUCUGCCGCAUGAAGGUUCCUGAUGAUGCGAAGCUCAGUGACGUGUUGCAUCAAAUCCAGAACAACUACAUGGAAAGCCUUCCUUACCGUCACACUUCGCUCAUUGACAUUCAGCAUGCUUUGAAGCUGUCCGACACGAACUUGUUCAAUUCCGGUGUCUCCUACCGCCGGCUUCCCAGUUCCAAAGAUGCCGUUAGCAGCGACAUCGAGUGUGUUGAGGUUGGCUCAAUCCACGAUCCCGCCGAGUUCCCGGUUUUCAUCAACAUCGAGGCCAUGGAUACUACGGCUCGCAUUGACCUCAACUACUGGACUACCAACCUCUCUGAUUCACAGGCUGUCAAUGUGGCCAAUACCUACCUUCGCUGUCUUGAGAACGUGGUGUCGAACAUUGACGGUGAAAUCCGCCAGUUAGACAGCUUGAGCGAGGACAACCGAGCGCAGAUCAUGGCGUGGAACAGCAAGACUCCUAAGCCCUUUGAAAAAUGCGCUCACCACGUUGUCCAAGAGACGGCCAAGAAGCGCUCUGAUGCGUUGGCUGUCAGUGCUUGGGAUGGAAACUUGACUUACUCCAAGUUGGAUCAAUUCUCCUCUCGAUUGGCAAGCUACCUAGUCACCUUCGGCGUCGGCCCCGGCACACUGAUCCCCAUCUGCUUCGAAAAGUCCGUGUGGAACAUAGUCUCCACGUUGGCAAUUAUGAAAGCCGGUGGUGGCUGUAUUCCCGUUGACACACCUCAGAGUCUGGCUCUUGUUGAGAAGUGGAUUGUCGACAACGCCGUACAAGUCGCUCUGGCUUCUCCAGAGAAGGCUCAAGUCCUCGAGGAUGCUGUGCCGUACGUCAUCCCUGUAAGCGAGUCUCUUCUUGAGUACCUCGCGGACGAGGUUAUCAACCCAGUGGCGCAAUCAUCCGACCUCGCAUACGUCGCUAUGACUGCCGGCACCUCUGGCCCCGCGAAGAGCGUCGUCCUUGACCAUUCAACCGUCAUGACCAGAGCCGUAGCAUUCGCUACCACCAUGGCAAUUGCCGAUGUCUCCAGGACUCUGCAAUUCGCACCCCAUACAUCCGAUGCAUUUAUUGUUGAGGUGUUCGGGACUUUCAUGUGGGGUGGUUGCGUUUGCAUCCCGGCUGAUAUUGACCCCCUCAACUUGGCCGCGUCUAUCAAUGCACUCCAUGUUAACGUUGCUAGCAUCACCCCGACAGCCGCAAGCUUCUUCUCCCCCAAGGAUGUUCCGGGACUGCGAUCGAUUGCCCUGGGCGGCGAAGUUGUGCCCCAGAGCGUGCUGGACAGCUGGAAGACCGACGACCUCCAAUUGCAGGUUUUGUAUGGAACAUGUGAGAGCUCGGCUGCCUCCUUCCACGUUUUCUGUUCCCAGGAAGACAAUGAGGCUGCACUCAUUGGCAAGAGCACCUCCUGUGUUCCAUGGGUUGUUGACCCCUCCAACCACGAUCGUCUUGUCCCGAUCGGUAGUGUUGGAGAAUUGGUGCUCGAAGGGCCUGUUCUUGCCCUGGGUUACCUCGACAACCAGUCUGUAGAGACCAAGGACUUCUUCGACAACGCUUCUUGGCUUUCUGGACACCGAGAAGGGGACGGACACUCCCUGUUCAAGACUGGAGAUCUUGUUCGGUACAAACCCGAUGGCUCCCUCGUUUUCGUCGGCCGAAAAGACGAUAAGAAUCAAUCCGCGCUGGCUAGCGAGCUUAUUCAGACUCAGGCGCGCAUCGAUUCAUUCCUGCACACCAAGAAGAAGUGCGUUCUGGAAAGUAUCCAGCUGCAAACUGAUAAUGUAACGACCAAUGCUCUUGUUGCUUUCGUGGUAUCUUCGGACACCACUCUGCCCACCUUUGGGGAUACUGUUGUCCUGCAGUCUGCGGCACCUGGGCAGAAAGACGUCAUCUCUAGCCUGCACGCCAAUCUGAGUACCAGUCUUCCUGGUAGCAAGGUUCCGAGUUUAUACAUCCCCAUUUCCUCCCUCCCAUUGACUUUCUCUGGAAAGCUAAACCGCCAGGCCCUCAAAACCGAAACACAAGCGCUUUCGAGAAGUGCUCUCGAAGCUUUCGAUAUUAAGCAUUGGAGCGGGUCCAAGACUGGUAACCGGCUUUCACGCAAUGCCAGUCUCUCCGGGGCCAGCAUCGCUUUUUGGAAGGAGUAUCUGGCCGAUGUUGAGCCCUGCGUUUUCCCGGCGCUCUCCCAUGAGGGAAACGACAUUGGCCGCUCCAUACGCACACUUAACAAGCAAUCAGCCAACAUCCAUGCCUUCAGCAGACUCUCUGGUCUCCCCGUGGAAACUCUCUUUCAGUUUGCCUGGGCCGUUGUCCUCCGGUGGUACACAGGCUCGGAAGAUGUUUGCUUUGGCUAUUCCGCCCCAGCCUCGGAGACGAAAUUGGGCGCUGAUGGAGUUGCCACCUGCCGCUUCCUCGUGCAGAACGAGCAAAAGCUGCAAGAGACUCUCCAAAAAGCAAAGAAGGAUUGUGAGAACAGCGCAUUAAAUGUCGCUCCCUUAGACGCCGUCAAGCACCAGCUUGGACUAGAUGAUACAACGCUCUUCAACACCUCCCUGAUUUAUCGCACGGCUUCCAAUCUCCCCAAGGGAAGUACCCGUGAGCCAAGGACCUUCAGUGCUUACAAGAUCUUGGUUGAAGCUGAAGUUUCGCAUUCCUACGCCGAGAUCCACUUCACCUACUCCUCAGAGACCCUUUCCUCCUUCCAGGUCAGCCAUGUCAUGGACAUGUUUGAGGAAGUCUUGGACGAUCUGAUAGCCCAAAACCUCCGUGACCGCACAGUCGGAGACAUCAAUGUACUACCUGAACGCUCAGUUCGCCGAAUCCGCGAUUGGAAUGCCGCAUCCCCUCCUAGAGUGGAGAAGUGCGUCGAUGAGCUCAUCCAGCAGCAGGCGGUCCUUCACCCUCGUGCCGAAGCCAUCUGCUCUUGGGACAAGAAUUUCACUUAUGGGCAGCUUGAGAUUGUGUCCAGUCGAUUGGCUCGCCAUCUCUCCAGUCUUGGAGUCAAGCCUGAAGCCUUCGUGGUGUUGUGCUUUGAGAAGUCAGCUUGGGCUGUAGUUGCCCAGUUGGGUGUUCUCAAGGCGGGUGGGGCUUUCGUCUCGAUUGACCCAUCCCACCCCGAUUCUCGACUGAGGAUGCUCAUCGAUGAAAUUGGCAGUAACCUUGUCUUGUGCUCAUCUUCAGUCCAUACCAAAGUUUCGAAGCUCUGCGCGAAAUCGUUCGCCGUCUGUCAGACUUCAAUCUCCCAACUUCCUGACUCGCCUUUGGCUUUGCCUGGCGCUCGUCCUACCCCGAACAAUGCUGCAUAUGCUAUCUUUACCUCUGGUACUACUGGAAAGCCGAAGGCGACUGUUGUCGAGCAUACUGCUCUCAGCACCACUGCGAUCGCCAUGAUCGAUGGCCUACACAUGAACUCCACAACCCGUGCUUUGCAGUUCUCUAACUACACUUUUGACGUCAGCGUUCUCGAGAUCAUGAUGGUUCUCAUGACUGGCGGUUGUGUGUGUGUCCCCAGCGAGGAGGAACGUAUGAACAACUUGGGUGGUGCCAUCCGCCGAAUGGAAGCUACCCGCAUCUCGGCACCUCCUGCCAUCGUCAAUACCCUAGAGCCGAAGAACGUUCCCACCCUCGAGGUCAUCAUCACAGGCGGCGAGAAGAUGCCGGCUAACCAUAUUGACCGCUGGGCAGACCGGUGCGUCAUCAAUGCCUAUGGUCCCUCCGAGGCCACUGUCCUUGCUACGGCCGGUAUCAAGGUCGAUUGGGAUGGAAACCGUGUCAACGAUGAUCCUACAUCCAUUGGAGCAGCUUUGAAUUGUAGAGUCUGGAUUGUGGAUCCCAAAAACUCCAACCGUCUGCUGCCCGUUGGCGCUGUCGGCGAAUUGAUCCUUGAAGGAAGCAACAUUGCCCGUGGAUACCUUGCCAACGAGGAAAAGACGAAGGCCUCUUUCUUCGAGAAUCCUGUCUGGAACCGUCACGCUGGCUUACAGGGCGUGUUCAAGCGAAGUGAGCGCAUGUAUCGCACUGGUGAUCUUGUUCGCUACAACAGCGAUGGCACUCUGGCUUUCAUCUCCCGCAAAGACACUCAGAUCAAGUUCAAUGGCCAGCGAAUUGAACUCGAGGAGAUCGAACAACAAUGUAUCCGCUGCCUACCUGAGGACUCUCAGGUCGCUGUUGAUGUCGUUGUUCCCGAGGAACGGACCAUCGCCAAGGGCCUCGCCGCAUUCUUCACGAUUCAUGACCCAGAUUCCAACGGGGGCAGCAGCGAUCAAUUCGCCCCCACGGUUCCUGGAGCCGACCCACUGCUCCUGCCCAUUUCCAUGUCCAACAUGGAUGCCAUUCAGAAGUUGAAGGGCUCUCUGCCCGAGCUUCUGCCUCAGAGCAUGACGCCCCGGCUCUUCUUCCCCAUCCGCAACUUGCCCUUCACUUCCUCGGGGAAGAUUGACCGCCGGAGACUGCGGGCAAUGGUGCAGACCUUGUCCAAGGAUACUCUCAAGUCUUACAUUACCCUCAGCACCUCCGAUAGAAGGGAGACUUCGUCUGCUACUGGCCUCGAGAUCAAGCUUGUGGCCCUUGUGGAAAAGACCCUCGAGCUUGAAGCUGGCUCUGUGACCGCCGAUGACAGCUUCUUCGGUCUGGGUGGGGAUUCCUUGUCCGCUAUGAACCUCGUCGGCGCUGCCCAAGCAGAAGGUAUUGCGCUUACCGUCUCGAGCAUCUUCAAUUGCCCAAUCUUGGUCGACAUGGCCAAGAGCUGCGUCGUGUCUGACGGACCUGCCGAAAUUAAGAAAGAAAACGUCAAGGCGUUCUCCUUGCUACCUUCUGGAGUCUACCUUGAAAGCCUGAUGGAUGAAGUCACCGAUAGCUGCGAAGUGUCCAAGGACCUCAUCAGCGAUGUAUACCCAUGCAGCGCUGUCCAGGAGGGUCUUCUGACACUCUCUAUCAAACACCAUGGCGCUUAUGUUGCCCAGCCCUCAUUCCGCCUUGCUGCUGGUAUUGAUGUCAGCAAAUUCAAACAGGCCUGGCAAGAAACCGUGGCAGACUUGGAAAUUCUUCGCACUCGUAUUGUCCACACCGAAGCUAUGAACUUUGCUCAAGUUGUCCUCAACGAUGGCCCUAUCUCCUGGGUGGAAGCAGAGUCGUUUGACGACCUGCCCAACGACUUCCUUCACCUACCCAAGCAAAAUGGAGCACCUCUUACUGGUUACGCCCUGGUGCAACCCCGUGGCUCCUCUGAUAGUUACUUUGUGUGGUCUGUUCACCACGCCCUCUAUGACGGCUGGAGUAUUCCUUUGGUAUUCCGCAAGGUUGAAGAGAACUACUUUGCCUCACGGCCCAAGCGCGCUGGCACUCCCUACAGUCUCUUCAUUGAAUACCUUGUGAAGAAGGAUAUGGAAGAGUCUGAUGCUUUCUGGAAGUCUUAUCUGACUGAUCUGUCGAGCACUCCUUUCCCUCACAACAAGAGCGCGGUUCCUGAUGCCAUGCGUGCUGGCAACACGCAAUACCACAGCAUGGAACUUUCCCGCACGCGUAGCAGCAUCGACUUUACGAUCCCGGUCCUCAUGCGCGCUGCAUGGGCAAUCGUCAUUGCGACCCAUACUGCGUCUGGUGAUGUCUGCUUCGGCGAGACUUUGUCGGGAAGAAAUAUCGAUCUUCCUGGUGUUGCAGAUAUUGCUGGUCCAGUUCUGACCACUGUCCCCACCCGAAUCCAGGUUGACAGUGCCAUGUCGACUUUGCAGUACUUGCAGAAGAUCCACCAGUCGACCACCGAGAUGAUCCCACACCUGCACUCUGGUCUUCAACGUAUCCGGCAGCUGAACAAAGAUACCUCCGCGGGCUGUGAUUUCCAAAACUUGCUUGUGAUCCAACCAGGCGACGGCGGCGAGCUUGACAACAAGAUAUGGAUUGACGAGAAACAUGAAACAAGCGAAGACUUCUUCACUCACCCCCUUGUUCUGGAAUGUGGGGUCACCAAGACGAGCAUCUCAUUCACGGUUCACCACGAUGAGCUUGUCAUCAGCGGAUGGCACACCAAACGAAUCACGGAACAAUUUGCCCAUGUUUUGCAGCAAUUGAUUGCCUUGCCCAAGAACAGCACGAGCAAGCUCGGAGAUUUGGAGGUCAUCAGCCCCGAAGACAAGGCUGAAAUUGGUACAUGGAAUGAACGCACCCCCCUCACAGUGGAACGGACCGUCCAAGAUUUCAUUCGCGAGAAGUCCGAAGAGACUCCGAAUGCCCAGGCUGUUUGUGCUUGGGAUGGCGACAUCACCUACAGAGAAUUCUGGAACCUGGCAUCCGGCUUCGCCAACUACCUAGUCUCUCGAGGCGUUGGCCCAGAAGUAUUUGUUCCAGUCUGCCUGGACAAGUCAGCUUGGGCAAUGGUCACCCUCAUCAGUAUUCUCAUCGCUGGUGGUGGGUAUGUGCCCUUGGAUCCCUCCCACCCUACCUCGCGACAUGAAGAGAUUCUUGCCGACGUCGGAGCAAACAUGAUACUAUGCACCCCGAACUAUACAAAUCGCUACAGCCGAGUUGUGAAGAACGUUAUACCCAUCAGCAAGGAGACCAUCAAGGCAUAUGGCGCCCUCAAGUCAUCUGCCCGUCGCCGGACUGAAGUCAAACCCUCCAAUAUGGCUUACGCUCUGUUCACCUCUGGAAGCACUGGUCGGGCAAAGGGGAUUAUUGUCGAGCACCGCAACGUGGUCAGCAGUAUCAUGGCAUUCGCGCCGUGGGUACGCAUGGAUGAGACCUCAAGAGUAUUCCAAUUUGCCUCCCUCACUUUCGAUGCUGCUGUUAUGGAGACUCUUGCAAUCCUCAUGCUGGGAGGUACCAUCUGUGUGCCCAGCGAAGAAGACCGUCUCAACGAUGUCGCGGGCGCAAUUCGUCGACUCAAUGUCACUUGGACUUUCCUCACCCCUUCGAUCGCAAGCAUUAUUGAGCCAUCUUCGGUGCCUUCCCUCAAGCACCUCGUUUGUGGCGGUGAGAAGAUGUCUAACGAAGUCAUCACCAAGUGGGCCAAUUCUGUUCACCUCAUGAACGGGUACGGGCCGACCGAGACGUGUGUCUUUGCUGUGGUCGAUAACGCAGUGGCCACCAACCGUGAUCCCGGGCGUAUCGGUUACGGUAUUCCCAGCACUCUCACCUGGAUUGUUGACCCCGACAACCAUGAUCGGCUGACUCCCCUGGGUGCAGUCGGUGAACUUGCACUUGAAGGCGCUCCGUUGGCUAGAGAGUACCUCAAAAACCCCGAGAAAAACGCAGAAGCAUUUACCUCGGACCCUGCCUGGAUCAAGGACUUCACGCCCGCGGUCCCGGGUCCUCGCCGAAUCUACAAAACUGGCGAUCUUUGCUACUACAACCCUGAUGGCUCUAUUCAGUACAUCAGCCGGAAGGAUCACCAGGUCAAGUUGCAUGGCCAGCGGAUGGAGCUUGGUGAGAUUGAGCAUCGCCUUUCUGAGGAUGUUCUUACCCGACACGCUGUCGUUGUUCUCCCCAAGAACGGCCCGCUUAAGCAGCGCCUGGUCACUGUGAUGUCUUUGAACAGUAUAGCAGCCGACACCAAGCUCAUUUCUGACAAGCCUUGUGAGCUUGUUGAUGAGGAUGAUCUUGAGCGCCAUGCUUACAACGAGCUGGUCGAAGUCCAGAACAAUCUUGAGAACCAGCUGCCCAUUUACAUGGUCCCGCAGACUUGGGCUCUCAUCAAGAAGCUUCCCAUGCUGGUUUCUGGAAAGCUCGACCGGAAAAAGAUUGCCGCUUGGGUUGAGCAUAUUGAUGAUGCGUCCUACGAGCGUAUCAUGGCCGAUUACGAUCGCAUCAAGCGUGGAAAGACCCAAGAGAAGCCGCAAGAAACGGAAGAGAAGAAUGGACCGCUCAGCAUCAUCCGCGAAAUCUUUGCACAGGUGUUGAAUAUCUCCUUACAGAAGGUCAACGUCGACCGCUCCUUUGUCAGCUUGGGCGGCGACAGCAUCACUGGAAUGGCUGUCAUUUCUCGCGCUCGCAAGCAGGGACUUGUUCUGACACUACACAAUAUUCUGCAGAGCAGGUCCCUAAAGGAACUUGCUGAAACCGCCAGUUCCAAGGCACCUGUUCCACAGCGCGAGGAGAGGUCCGGUCAAGGCUUCGCGCUUUCUCCUGUUCAAAGGCUCUACUUCCACAGCUCGGACUCUUUCAAGGGCGCCGCUCGCUUCAACCAGAGCAUUACUGUUCGCAUCGCUCGCCGUUGUGAGGGUGAGGUUCUCAAGCGCGCUCUCAAGGCUGUUAUUAGCCAGCAUUCCAUGUUCCGCGCACGUUUUAGCACGUCUAGUGACGGAACCUGGCAACAGAAAACUGCAGCGGUCGAUGAAUCCUUCCGAUUCCGCGUUCACUCUGUCGGCGAUACCCGGGCGAUGGUUCCGAAAGUCGCUGAGAGUCAAACUUGCCUGGAUCCUCUCAAUGGACCUAUUCUGGCAGCUGAUUUGUUCAACCUUCGCGCCGGUGGUCAGGUCUUAUUCCUCGUCGCUCACCAUCUCUGCAUUGACAUGGUAUCAUGGCGCAUUGUGCUCCAGGACCUCGAAGAGCUCGUUGUCUCUGGGUCUCUUUCACUCGAAAAGGCAUUGUCCUUCCAAAGCUGGUGUGCCAUGCAGACAGAGAGAGCCAAUACGCACGAUGCGACUAUUUCUCUACCUUUUACUCCCGAGAAGCCGAACUUGCUUUACUGGGGCAUGCAAGGUUCACCCAAUGUUUAUGGAGAUGUCAAGAUGGAAUCCUUCAUGUUGAGCGAGGAUACUACCAAAUUUAUUCUGGACGGCUGUCACAGUGUCUUCCGGACCGACACUGUCGACAUCUUGCUGUCUGCCAUCAUUCAUUCCUUUGGUCGCACCUUCACCGAUCGUAAGGUGCCAACUAUUUACAACGAAGGACAUGGCAGAGAACCCUGGGAAGCCGACAUUGACCUUUCGAGAACAGUCGGCUGGUUUACCACGAUGGCCCCUUUGCUAGUAGAUUCGGAAGCUCGUAAGUUUACCAUACCUCAUCUUGCCGACAGACAGCUGACACGGGAAGGUGCCCUCAACGACAUUAUCAAGCGUGUCAAGGAUACCAGGCGCAAAAUUGCAGACAAUGGACGUCCGUACUUCGCCAAAAGCCUGCUUCAAGAGCAGGGCGCCGAUUUCCCUGUCCCGUUGGAAAUCCUGUUCAACUACCUGGGUAAAAUGCAGCAACUUGAGCGAGCUGACUCGCUGUUCCAUCACCAUGGUAGCGUUUUUGACAGCUCGGACUUUGCUGUCGCAGGUGACAUGGGCCCCCAGACUGCUCGUUUUGCGCUCUUCGAAGUAUCUGCCAUCGUCAUCAAAGAACGCCUCAAUGUUGCCUUCACCUACAACCAUAAAAUGCAGCAUCAGGGCUCUAUUCGCCGCUGGAUUCUCCAGUGCAAGCAGACCCUCGAUAAGGAUAUCCUCACACUGAAAACGGCUACUCCAGAGCCCACCCUCAGCGACUACCCCCUCCUCCCAAUCAACUAUCACGGCCUCCAGAUGCUCACCGCCACCACCUUCCGCAAGGCCGGCAUUCGGAACAAGGAUGACAUCGAGGACAUAUAUCCCUGUUCUCCCAUGCAGGAGGGCCUCUUGCUCAGCCAGCUCCGCGAUCCCAAUGCGUACAUGUUCCAUACUGUGUUUGAGAUCAAGGAUGGAAAAUCUGGCAAGGUCGACGCUGAGGGAGUUGCUCGUGCUUGGCAAGUUCUCGUCGACCGUCAUCCUGUGCUGCGAACUAUUUUCGUCGACAGCAACUACACUGGUGGGUCCUUCGAUCAACUGGUGCUCAAGAACCUUUCCGACAAUAUCCUACGCGUGCAAUGUCACGACUCACAGGUCGAGGAGAAGUUGGCUGCUAUCUCUCUCCGUGACAGGAACGCGAUGCGCCAAUCGAAGCUUGCUCACCAACUCACUGUCUGCAAAACAGACAGCGGACGUGUGAUCCUCAAGCUGGAGAUGAACCAUGCCAUUAUCGAUGGUGGCUCGGUGGAUGUACUACUCCGUGACCUGGCUCUGGCCUACGAGCGAAAGAUUGCUGAGGGUUCGGGACCUCGCUUCAGCGACUAUAUCAAGUUUAUCAGAACCCAAAGCCACAGUGAGGCUCUCAGUCACUGGAAGCAAUACCUCGGUGGAGUUCGCCCAUGUCACCUGGCUCCAUCGUCUGCGUUCGAAGCCAAGAGGGAACUGAAGGGUGUCAUGAUGAACUUCCAGCGCUUCCCUGAGCUGCUUAAGUUCUGCGAGCGAAACUCUGUGACGCUCGCCAACUUGACUUUGUCCGCUUGGGCCAUCGUCCUACGACAGUUCACAGGCUCCGAUGAUAUUUGUUUCGGAUAUCUCUCUGCCGGUCGUGAUGCCCCUGUCAAUGGCAUUCAGGACAUGGUUGGAAUCUUUAUUAACAUGCUUUGCUGCCGAGUUCAGUUCUCCCACCAGCAGACCCUGGCGGAUGUGUCCAAGAAUGUUCAAGAUGAUUAUGUUCGAUGCAUUCCCCACCAGAGCUGCUCUUUGGCGAGCAUUCAGCAUGAGCUUGGCUGGCAGGGGCAGUCCCUUUUCAAUACUACCUUGUCGAUCCAAAACCACUCCGUUGCGGGUGGUCCCAAGGACAAGGGAUUGUCUUUCGAUCUUCAGCACGCACAUGAUCCAAGCGAGUACGCGGUCACUGUGAACGUUGAGAUUGCCCGAGGCCAGGAGGGUAUUCUUUUGAGAUACUGGAACGAUAUCGUGUCUGACGAGAAGGCACAGGCUCUGGCUGACACCGUCGCGAAGGUGUUCACAGGAUUCAUUGAAUCCCCGGCUGCGACGCUGUCGCAGUCCACAUUCACUUCGGAGGCUGAACCCCAGUCAGUGGAUUGGGAUCGCUCCCAAUCCACACUGGCUGACAAGGCGAAGUCAACCGGAGAGGCGAUUGACAGCAGUGCUAUGCAGAAAAUUAUUGAUGAUCGUGUUCAUGAGAUUAUUGGUCAGAUGUUGAGAGAAGGAAAACUAACGGUGCCUCCCAUUCGUACGGAAGGGUUGUCAAGCUAUGGCGGUCACACUGAUGCUAUAGCCGACUCACCGUACCAGUUAGGUAUACAAGGAGCAGAUGAUUCGGGUGUUUGUUCGGCGACUUCCCGUUCCAGCGAGGAUGGGAUGUCGGUGGAUGUGGAAAGGAAAUUGUGGAAUCUUUGGAGCACAGCUCUUGGCCUCUCACCUAACGUGGUGAGACACCAGGACAGCUUCUUCAAGUUGGGCGGCGAUAGUAUCACCGCGAUGAAGAUGGUCAGCGCCGCUCGCGAAGAGGGCCUGGUCCUUACAGUUGCCGAUGUCUUCAACAAUCCUGUCUUCGAGGACAUGCUGACAACAGUGCGAGCCGCGAAUGUCACUCAGCAGAUGCUGAAUGUCGAUCUAAAGUCUGGCGGCCACAGGGAGGUUGAUAGUGAUCUACUCAAUAUCACGCCAACAACACUGGGGCCCAGCCCCUCUACGGAGAGCCUCGAGGUUCUCAAGCCGUCGUGCGUCGACGAUGCCGCGGUGCAGAGCGGUAUCUGUCCUAAGGUUGGUGUCUUCAAGGGUGGCAUCGCCGAUGUUCUCCCUGUCACUGACUUCCAGGCGAUGUCUCUGACGGCGACUCUCUUCAAGUCCCGAUGGAUGCUUAACUACUUCUAUCUCGAAGGCAACGGCCCUCUGGACCUGAGACGCCUUCGCGAGAGUUGCUUGAAGGUUGUCGCUGCCUUUGAUAUUCUGCGCACAGUCUUUGUCUGCUUCCAUGACCAGUUCUUCCAGGUCGUGCUACGCAAGAUCCGUCCCAGCAUCUUUGUUUAUGAGACCGACCGUGCUCUUGAUGAAUUCACCACGACCCUUCAACAGAGAGAUCGCGAAUACGGACCGCGCGAAGGCGAGCAAUACGUGCAGUUCUACGUUGUCAAGAAGAAGAACAGCGACCAGCACCGUAUCAUGAUCCGCCUUUCUCACACUCAAUACGAUGGAGUGUGCUUGCCUAAGAUCAUGGCUGCCAUUAAGCACGGGUAUGAAGGCACCCCGCUGCCUCCGGUUACUCCCUUCGCUGGUUACUUGCGACAGCUGCCAGGAACAAUCACCCCAGACCAUUACCGUCACUGGACCGACCUUCUCAAGGGAUCGCAUAUGACCCAAGUCGUUCGCAGGAACGGCACCAGCAUGUUCCAGAACGUUGGAGCAUUCACCGAGAUCCACAGAAAGAUUGAGAUCUCCCCCACUGCCCUUGGAAAUGUCACUAUCGCAACAGUCAUGCAGGCUGCCUGGGCCCUGGCCCUUGCAAAACUCUCUGCUCAAUCCGAUGUUGUCUUUGGUCUAACUAUCAGCGGUCGCAAUGCCACAGUGCCCGGUAUUGAGAGCACUGUUGGCCCCUGUGUCAAUGUCAUCCCCGUACGCGUGAAGCUCGACGAGAAAUGGACCGGUGUCGAUCUAUUCCGCUACCUCCAAGACCAGCAGGUCUCCAACAUGCCUUUCGAGUCUCUGGGCUUCCGCGAGAUCAUCAAGCAAUGUACCGACUGGCCUGACUGGACCUACUUUACCACCUCGGUCUUCCACCAGAACGUCGACUACGAAGGAAACAUGGAGCUCGACAACAACAAGUACCGAAUGGGUGGUGUCGGCGUCAAUGACAACCUAGCGGAUCUCACGAUGGUGUCACGCCCGUCCGGCGAACGUGGCCUCGAUGUCACCCUUGGCUACUCCGAAAAGGGACCUGUGAUGCCAUCAUUCGCAUCCAAGGUUCUCGACAUGGCCUGCGAGAUUGCGCAAUCCCUUGUCGCCAACCCAACCGCUUCGCUACCCUCUGCCAGCAUGCUACGCUCUCUGCCGCCCCAGGCAAUCGACGAUCUGCCUCGGCCAUCAGAUGAGCACUUCCUCAGCGCACACCUCAAGUCGCGCUCCAUCGCAGAGCUGCUUGUGCAUUCGGACAUUCUGUCUCGCUCGUGGCACCAGGUCCUGCCUAGCCGCACCACAACCGGCCCCGUCGACCCAGAAGCUGACAAACCCACCCACCAAUCCGCCUUCCAGUUGGACUCGUCCUUCUUUGAUCUCGGCGGUGACGUCUUCAAUCUGGCCCAACUUACCUGGCUUCUUGAGCAAGAAGGUCUUAAGGUCCGUCUAGAGGAUCUUAUUGAGCACCCCUCUUUCCUGGGUCAAAUGGCCGUCCUGGCUUUGCACAACGCCAAGCACCAGGACGAGAUGCCAACAGAGCUUCUUGCCACUGGUGCUGCAUCGCCUGAUCCUGUUGCUCGCAUCGAGAAAAAGAAGACAUGGUCGAAGGCCAUGACCAUAGCGCGAAAGUUGACUGGGCGAAACACAGUCACCAGUCGAGCUUGA